AGCCAAGUAGUGCUUCAUUGACCUGUGUGAGCAAUGAGUAUGCUUCAAAAUUUCUCAGUUAUUUAGGGUUUCAAAGAGGGAAGAACAAAACCAGAUUGAUUCAUUACCAUAACCAAAAUCAUUACAAUGCUUCUACGAAGCUCAUCAACGCCGGUUAUGAAUCCAUGGCUUCCGCACUCAAUCUUAAAGGAUUCAUCUCCUGAACCGGAAAUUCUUCACCGGAUCCCGAAAUCCCGAUCCGUUACUCUCUAUGCGUCUUCGUCGAGUUCGAUAUCUCCGAUUUCCAGUUCAGUUAACAAAAUGACUAGAGCACUUUCGGAAACCGAUCUAUCCGCGCCGCUCAAUCGGAAACCUUUCCCUCGCCGCCAACUCGACGAGGACGAGGAAGAAAGCAGAAUCAGCAGUUUCGGUUCUCGUUCCAGAACGGCGUCGUUUGGUUCCGCUUUGUGUUCAUUCUCUGAAUUGGACGAAGAAAAGAGUGAAGUCGGUUCCAGAGACGGUGGUUUAGCGCGUGUUUUGGUUGAAGGUGGAGGUGGUGGUGGAUACGACAAAAACGACGGAGGAAUUUAUCGAUUCGGUGAUUCAAAUCAUGGAAAUGAUAGCACCGACGUCUAUUACCGUACAAUGAUCGAAGCCAAUCCUGAGAAUCCGCUUUUUCUUAGUAACUACGCAAAGUACUUGAAAGAAGUUCGUAGGGACUAUGUGAAAGCUGAAGAGUAUUGUGGAAGAGCGAUAUUGGCAAAUCCAAAUGAUGGUAACGUUCUUUCACUUUACGCAGAUUUGAUAUGGGAGUGUCAUAAGGAUUCAUCUCGAGCUGAGAAUUAUUUUGAUCAAGCAGUUAAAGCAGCACCUGAUGAUUGUUAUGUUCUAGCAUCCUACGCACGUUUUCUUUGGGAUGCUGAGGAAGAAGAAGAUGAAAAUGAAGUUGAAGAAGAUUCAUCUGAAAAAUCUUUUGGUUUCUUCAAUGGAGUUGCUCCAUCACCUCUUCCGCCAUUAGCUGCUGCUGCUUCUUAAAUUGUGUCCUUUGGUGGUUUUUGGCUUUUCAGUCUUACGAGUUUCUAACCUUGUUUAUAUUAAUUAACUAAUAUUACCUUAAUUAACCUUUCGUCAUAAUAAUUUUGGUCAGUGAAAAUAGCUGUAAUAUACAAUAAAAGAUGGGGGCUUUCACUUUUUUUUUUCUUCUUUCUUCUGAAUUGUUAAACUCAAAUAUCUAUUUCUAGCAUGCUGGUGUGUGUAGCUGUAUUAUUGUGUUUGGAAUAAGGAUGUUCGUAGUUUUUGGAGUUAUGUAUUCCCACUUGUAGGCAUUAGAUGGCAGAUUUUGAUUUUUUUUAAGGCAGCUGGCAUAA